GUGGUGCUAUUGCGCACACGGCGCUAUCCCUGCGCGAACCACAACAUUAAGUGGACCCACAGUCUGCGUCCAGUUGUUAUGGAUAAAUGUCGAGGGAGAGGUCACCGACCGAUGAUAUAUUCGACUUAAAUGGUGUGUGGCAGAUGUAAAAAUGCGCUUGUGCAGGGUUUGAAGUGUGUGCGCGCUGCGGAGGAUCAGUUUUGGAGCGGCCGAGGCGCACGGACACACGAUCUGCAGGAUCUGCAUCGUUCUUCUAAAGUUUGUAUUUGGUGUAUAUUUCAACUUCUGCAGUGGAGUUUCUUAUUUUGAAGUGCACUUGGAGCUGUUGAUAGUUUUUUGUUUUUUGUUUUUUUUUUGCGUAACAGUGAUAAAAGGCGCAUAUGGAGCAGAUAUGCAUUCGCUGCGUGGAAGUUUAGCCCGGUGUGCGCUCUGCUAAACUCUCAUCUGUGUAUGGUAAGGGUUCUACUUUAACUGGACCUGCACAAGGCUUUGAAGGACAGGGGGAAAUGUCCAGCGAGCGGAAACCACGGCUUUGUCUGAUGACAAAAGGGGAGAACGGGUAUGGAUUUCACUUGCAUGGUGAGAAAGGAAAGAGCGGACAAUACAUCCGCAAAGUGGAGCCUGGAUCCCCGGCAGAGGCGUCUGGGCUCCGCGCAGGGGACCGUGUGGUGGCAGUAAACGGGGUCAACGUAGAUAAAGAGACGCACCAUCAGGUGGUCCAGCGGAUCAAAGCCGUCGAACAUGAGACCAGGCUGCUCGUCGUGGACCAUGAGACUUACGAAAACCUACGCAGCCUUCACCUCACAGCAACUGAAGAGAUGGCUGUUCUGGGAACCGGACCUCCAUCCUCGUCCUCUCAUUCAGCUUCCCCAUCUCCAGCCCCGUCCUCCGUCCCAUCCUCUCCCAUGAAGAAGCGGGAGAACGGCUCCGUGUCCAAGCAGCCCAUCACUCAGGUGCAGAAGCCCACCAGGAGGUCGCCCUCAAAGGCCGCUAAGAAGGAGGUUGUUGCCCAAGUCGAACCUCACACCCCGGCCCCAUCGCAGUCCAGACCCCCAGUCGACCCCUCUGACCUCGUUCCACGUCUGUGUCACCUGGUACGGUCAGAGACGGGCUACGGCUUCAACCUCCACAGCGAUCGGUCUCGACCCGGACAGUACAUUCGAUCGUUGGACCCGGGAUCGCCCGCAGACCGCGCUGGGCUCCGUCCUCAGGACAGACUGAUCGAGGUAAAUGGUGUGAACAUCGAGGGCAUGCGGCAUGCAGAGGUGGUGGCCUUCAUUAAAAAAGGUGGAGAGGAGACGUGGCUGUUGGUUGUGGAUCCAGACACCGACGAACACUUCAAGAGGAAGGGGAUUGUCCCCACAGUGAGCCACCUCAAAGACUAUGACGGUCCGCCCAUAUACAACGGCUCCCCCAGUCCCCAGAUCAACGGCAGCUCCACCACACAGUCCAUCAGGUCCACGCACUCUGACCUCAGCAGCCAGGGCAACAGCACACAGCUGGCGGAUGAUGAGAGCAGCCGGCUUAUGGACCCGUUCGCUGAGAUGGGCCUGUGUCUGAGCGCCACGGCGGCAGAAGAAAAGAUGAAGGUCCACUCCAAAGAAAAAAGGAGGGCACCGCAGAUGGACUGGAUGAAGAAAUAUGAGCUUUUCAGCAAUUUCUGAAUCAGUGCCCUCUGAGGUCACAUCGAACAGCAAAGGACAGAGAUACCCCUCUGCGUGGAUAAGGCUGUGGUAUGGGGCCAUGUCCUUUUUACUCCACAGGACUGUUUUUUUUUUCUCCAAGUCGACCCCAUUCAACAGAAGAUAAUCUGUUCCUGUAAUUAAAUAUGACCAAAGGAUAUUGAUGUGCAAUGGAUUUAAAGUUUGAAGCCAUUUCAGAGACAAAGCAACAGCUACUUUAAAAGCCCUUGCUCAUUCUGUACAGCACAGAUAAUUGUAAUUACGCUGGUAAAAUUAAGGAGGAGCAUCUUCUUAAAGCUUGUAUAAGAGGGACGUAAACCAAUUUCACAAAUUGCCUUGAUCCCAUUGCUCUAUUUUUGGGUAAGAAACUCUAAUUUUAGAGUCUACAUAAAAUGGAGGAGACAGUUAUUUUUAUAUUUAAAAAGCAUAAACAACUAUAAAUAAACAUUAACCCAUCGCUAAAGAGUUUUAUGGACACUGUGACAUUAAAGAUUGUGGAUGUUGAGUCAGAAAUAGCCUGAAGUUGGCAGAAGAUCACUGUGAAAGAGUUAAGACCCUGCAUCUCCGGCCCAUGCAGAUGUUUCAUGAUAACCACUGAGAAAAAAAAGAAAAAAGAAACAGGAGUGGCAAAUAUUGACCAGCAUUUUUAUCCCUGGUUGUAUAUAAUGUACCCUAUAUAUAUUUGUACUUCAACAUAGAGUUGAAUAACUGAUCAUCAGCUUCACUGAAAAAAUCUCAAUCAUUUUAGCACUUAAUCUCACAACAUGUAUCAUCACUAACAAUUUUUCCCAAGUGCAUAACAAAGGGAAGCACCACUAACAUUAAACAUAUUGAUAGGUAAAUAAUGGAAACUGGAAUCAAGAGGAAAGGAAAAUGUAAGUUUCUCAGGGCGGAUGGGAUUCAGAAGGAGUGUGUUAUUGAAGAAGGAGUACAAGAGAUGGCAAACUAACCACACACACACCCAGAUCAGUCAUCACGUCACCAUAUAACUAACAUAAAUCUAUUAAGAUGAGGUAGAAAAGACUGGUAAAUUGAAGUACGUCAGUGUAAUGUUCAAGAAUUUAUGUAUUUUUUUAAUGUUAUUUUUACAAUUUUGACUGUCAUUUGAGAGCAGCUUGAUAAAUGUGAAGGCAUAAAUUUAUGAUUUUAUAACCAAGUAUAGAAGGAAUAUUUCAUGUUUGCCAUUGCAGCUAUUAAUAAUGAAGUAUUACUAUCAUUUGAGCCCCACUCUUUUAGAUUUUGGAAGAUACACAUGCUUCUCUAGUCAAGUUGUGUCUUGUUUUUAUCGGUUUGUUUUGGUUGGUGGAAGAAACAAAAUAAAAGACACUGCAUUGUAUUAAAUUCAGUUUUAAAAAUGCUGUUAAUUCCCAACCUGCUGCAACAUAUUAUAAUGUAAAGCCAAGAAAGAUGAGAAUAUUCAAGGCUAAACAUUGUCAUGAAAUGUACAGAUGUGUAUGAUGAAUGUGGUUACAUGGCAUGACGUGGGGAUCGUGGGUAAAUUGUGGGUUGGGGGGGGUUGUAGGAGAAGCACACAGUGAGGUGUGAGGUCAGAGAUGCUCUGGAGGAUCUAGUGAAAGAGACAGUGGGAGCCAUGGAGCUUACUGUGGAUUAUUCCACACACAGGGACAGCUGUUGUACACAUGCUCACACACAUUUGGAACAGUGUGAGUGUGUGUGGAGGAAAAACUAAAACACGCUGCAAUCCAAGCAGCACCACUUGCCUAAACAGCCCACCAAGGUUGAUAAAAUGGGACUGCAGGUUAUUCUUGUUUGAGGAAAAUGUAUUCUUUGUACCCUUUUACUUUUACUCCACUCAGUCUAACCUAACAGUGCUGUCUUUGAGCAUUAGUCUAGGGUCUACUAACCAUGUUUGUGCAGUACGUAGGGCUCAUUCUGCAUGUUCUGACCAUCGACCCAACAGCAAAAACUCUUAUGUUACAUGGCUGAUGUAUAUACAGUAUAUACGGCAGGUUGCAUUUUUCAAUAAAGUGUGACAAUGA